UCUCUCUCUCUCUCUCUCUCUCUCUCUCUCUCUCUCUCUCUCUCUCACUAGAUAUAUUAUACAUACAUACAUACAUACAGUAAUUGGUUAUGUACUUAAAUUUUCAUUAAACUUUGUCACAUGUUGUUCACUCGCAGUGUUAUAAUAUAUUGGUGCAGAGUACUAGUUUUACACUUUUACAUAUAAAUCAAGAAAAAAACAUUAGAAAGCACUGACACAAGAGAAUUCUCUAGCUAUUUUUUUCCAUUGUUCCAGUAUUAUCAGGUUGAUUCUUUAAAAUUUGGCCGGAAAUGGGGAAAAAAGGCGGCAACAGCGGCGGCUGGUUUUCUUCGGUGAAGAAGGUUUUCAAGCAAUCUCCCAAUAAGGACUUACCUGAAAAGAAGAAGGAAUUAGGUGUCGAAAAAUGGCAGUACGAAGCACCGGAAGUGGUGUCCCUCGAGCAUUUUCCGGCGGAAAGUUCGCCGGAUAUGACUAAUGAUCAGGAGAGCGUCCAGUCGUCUCCGGCGGUGGUGGAGGGUCGGAGUAGCCAUGCUAUGGCGGUGGCUGCCGCCACCGCAGCCGCUGCUGAGGCGGCUGUUGCUGCCGCUCAGGCUGCCGCUAAGGUGGUCAGGUUGGCCGGUUACGGACGACACUCCAAGGAAGAAAGGGCUUCGGUUCUCAUCCAAUCUUAUUACAGAGGAUAUCUGGCGAGACGGGCAUUACGUGCUUUAAAGGGGCUGGUAAGGCUGCAGGCACUAGUUAGAGGCCACAACGUGCGAAAGCAAGCGCAAAUGACGAUGCGGUGCAUGCAAGCGCUGGUGCGCGUGCAGGCCCGUGUGCGUGCGCGCAGGCUACAACUACUCCACGACAAGCUCCAAAGCAAAUUGGAAGAAGGAAAACAAAGGUUGAAAUCGAACGAAGAAGCUCGUAAUCAGAAAAGAACUCCAACGACGAAAAAAGUCGAGGACGAACAAUGGGACAGGAGAAAUCAGAGCAUUAGAAUAAGGGAAAACAACACUUCAAGAAAAUUGCAUGAAUCUGAAAUGAAAAGGGAUAGAGCUCUUGCCUAUGCUUUGGCCUGCCAGCAUCAGCAGCAACAACAACAAAUGAUGCAUUCAGAAAUCAACGACGACAACAUUGGAGCGCUCUACGACCACGGCAUCGAAAAGCCACACUGGGGUUGGAAUUGGCUCGAGCGUUGGAUGGCCGCGCAACCGUACCACCACCGCCACACAUCACCACACGAAAACGCCAAAGACAACACGUCCGAAAAAACCGUCGAAAUGGACUUAGUGAUGCAACUAAGCUCGGAAAACGCAGACGUGGGCCCACUCAACCGAGAAUACAUCGAAACAAGCCCGUACACAUCAAGACACCCCCGAAAAUCGGGCUUGGACGACGUGGUCCCAAGCUACAUGGCCCCCACGCAGUCGGCGAAAGCGAAGGUGAAAAGUCAAGGCCCGGUCAAGAAACUUAUAAGCCCACCAUCGGCCCAAUGGAACUCAUCUACAAAGAGAGGGAGUGUAAUCGGGCCGGGUUAUGAGAGUUCAAGUUCGGGUGGGGGAACUGUGAGUAAUUAUCAGGCCCAAAGAAGCCCAAACCCGAAAGAGAAUAUUCGCGGGCUGGGUAAAUGGAUGUGUAGCCCGGAAUCGAGCGGUGAGGAUCGGGCUUUGGCUAAUGGGGCCCACCAUGGAUGGAGACAUAAUUUUGGGUGAUUUAUUUAAUUAAUUUAUUGUUUGUGUGUUAAUAUAUAUAUAUGUUGUUUAUUUAAUAAUUUAAUAUGCAGAAUAAUGUUGUGAACCAUCUAUAAGUGGAUGAAUAUUUUGUUGGCCUGUUAAUGAGUUCAUCGAGUUGGCUACUCAGCUAUGUAAAAUAAUGUUGAGUGUGAUGAUGAUGAUUUCUUUUUUUCUUU